UUGCACUCUGAAGAAACUUCAGACUUUACAGACAUUUCAGACAUUUCCUUUGACUUUUUUAUUUACUGUGUGAAGAAGCUUUAGACUUUUUUUAAACUGAACUUUUAAAGACUUGUAUCUCCUAGACUUCAGACUUUCUUCUACUUUUUAUAUUUUACUUUUUUAUACCAGAGAGACUUUUUAUGACGUUUCAUGGCGAUUUAUAUCGGUUAAAGAGACUUUUUGUGACUUUUGGGACCUUUGAUUCGCUCUCGUUCCUGGAUUUAACUUCAGUCUGAAGCAACAAGCAGACACAUCUGCAGCUGAAGAAGUUUUCGGAGAGUUUAAGAAGGUAGAGAGAGGCAGACAGACAGCGGAGAGAGAGAGCGGUGACUCCUCCUCUGGAUUUCGGGGCGGAGGUCUGACUGAAAAUCUGUUCAGAGAGGAAAAGUUUUGUGUAGAAGAAGCUGCGACAGUCUGAGACCAGCUUUGACUAUCUUCUUCUCCUCCAUCAUGUCCGGCGUGGCGUCCACUCUGGCCAAGCAGCGGGCCCUGGCCGCGGGCUUCGGUACCAACGCGAACGCGGUGCGCUACCUGAACCAGGACUUCGCGGCGCUCCGGGCGCAGUGCCUCUCCGCAGGAAGCCUCUUCACCGACCCGACCUUCCCCGCCGCGCCCGAGGCGCUGGGCUUCAACGAGCUGGGCCGCAACUCUCACAAGACCCGGGGAGUCACCUGGAAGAGGCCCACGGAACUGGUCUCUAACCCGGAGUUCAUCCUCGGCGGAGCCACCAGGACCGACAUCUGCCAGGGAGCUCUGGGUGACUGCUGGCUGUUGGCGGCCAUCGCCUCGCUGACACUCAAUGAAUACGUGAUGGCCAGAGUCGUUCCCUCAGAUCAGGGCUUCGGUGACGACUACGCUGGCAUCUUCCACUUCCAGUUCUGGCAGUUCGGCGAGUGGGUGGACGUGGUGAUCGACGACCGGCUGCCGGUCAAAGACGGAGAGCUGAUGUUCGUGCACUCGGCGGAGGGGAGGGAGUUCUGGAGCGCUCUGCUGGAGAAAGCCUACGCCAAAGUGAACGGCUGCUACGAGGCGUUAUCUGGCGGUUCCACCACCGAGGGGUUUGAGGAUUUCACCGGAGGCAUCGCUGAGAACUACGACCUCCAGCGCCCCCCAUCCAACCUGUUCCAGAUCAUCAAGAAGGCCCUGGAGGCUGGAGCGCUGCUGGGCUGCUCCAUCGACAUCACUAGCGCUGCAGACUCGGAGGCCGUCACUCGCCAGAAGCUGGUGAAAGGCCACGCCUACUCACUGACCGGCGCCGUGGAGGUGAACUACCGAGGUCGGCAGGAGAAGCUGGUGAGGAUGAGGAACCCCUGGGGUCAGGUGGAGUGGACCGGAGCCUGGAGCGACGGGUCGUCUGAGUGGAACUCUGUGCAGGGAGACUGUCCACAUGCCAACGCAGAGGACGGAGAGUUCUGGAUGUCCUUCACCGACUUCUUGCGUCACUACUCUCGUAUCGAGGUAUGCACUUUGACCCCCGACGCCAUUGGAGACGACUCUGUCAAACACUGGAGUGUCAGCAAGUUCGAUGGCACCUGGAGAAGAGGAUCCACCGCCGGAGGCUGCAGGAACCACCCCUACACAUUCUGGAUGAAUCCACAGUUUGUGAUCAAACUGGACGAGGAGGACGACGACCCAGAUGAUAACGAGGUGGGCUGCAGCUUCGUGGUCGGUCUGAUCCAGAAGAACCGCAGGAAGCUCCGGAAAGUUGGAGAGGACAUGCACACUGUCGGCUUUGCCAUCUACGAGCUUCCGCAACAGUUCCACGGGCAGAGGGAGGUGCACUUGGAUAAGAACUUCUUCCUGACCCACGCUCAGACGGCGAGGUCAGAAACCUUCAUCAACCUGCGCGAGGUCAGCUCUCGCUUCAAGCUUCCGCCCGGCGAGUACCUGAUCAUUCCGUCCACCUUCGAGCCGCACCUCAACGGAGACUUCUGCAUCCGGGUGUUCUCCGAGAAGCAGUCAGAGAUCAAACCCUGUGACGACCCGGUCAACGCCGAACUGGAUGACGAGACGGUGUCUGAUGAAGAGGUGGACGCAGGAUUCAGAGGCUUGUUCACAAAGCUCGCCGGAGACGACAUGGAGAUCUCUGCGGUGGAGCUGAAGACCAUCAUGAACAAGAUCGUCGCCAAACGAACCGACAUCAAAACCGACGGCUUCAGCCUGGAGACCUGCAGGAUCAUGGUCAACCUGAUGGACCAGGACAGCGGCAACGGCAAGCUCGGCCUCGGAGAGUUCGCCACGCUGUGGAAGAAGGUGCAGAGAUAUCUGUCGAUCUACAAGAAGAACGACUCUGAUGACUCGGGAACGAUGAGCACUCCAGAGAUGAGAGUCGCCUUCAAAGAUGCAGGUUUCACUCUCAACAACACCAUCUACCAGCUGCUGGUGGCUCGAUACUCCGACCCCGACAUGACCAUCGACUUCGACAACUUCGUGGCGUGUCUGAUGAGGCUGGAGAUGAUGUUCAAGAUCUUCAAGAAGCUCGACGCUCACGACAGCGGCUCCAUCGAGCUCGACUUCAACCAGUGGUUAAACUUCGCCAUGAUCUGAGCCGCCGCCGCCGGAGCCUCAGCGUCACUGCAGCACGCCAUCUUCCUGUUUCCAGCCGCAGCUUCUCCUCCUGUCACUAAUACUUUAUAUGAGACUUUAUUAUUACACAACCCGACUGACACAGUCCAUGUAAAUGAAUCUAAUAAACGUGUCCACUCGUUAA